GUCCCCUAUCGCCUUCGCCUAGGCAGCUGCCAUGCUUGCGCCCCCAAGGCUCUUGGACCAAUAGGCAGGCCCUAGUGUUGCGACUCGAACGGCUAUUGGUUGGCCAAGCCAUGGUGAGAGAUGGUGCGGUGCCUGUUCUUGGCCCGGCAGAGAGCAGUGGGCGGUUGAUAAGGCGACAGUUCGUGACGUACGCCGUCAGGCCGAGAAGCCCCCAGGCGAUUGGCUAGACGAUCGAACGAUCCUCUCUUAUUGGUCAAAGGUUCGUCCGGCCCUGAGCGUGCGUAAGACGAGGCUUCCUUCCGCUCCGUGUCUCCGUUGACUGGAGACAGGCGGAGCGCCGGCGCCUGGGUUCGGUGGCCUCUAGUGAGAUCUGGAGGAUCCAAGAAGUCUGUAGCUACAAUGUUGUCAAGGCUUUUUCGAAUGCAUGGCCUCUUUGUGGCCUCCCAUCCGUGGGAAGUCAUAGUGGGGACAGUGACACUGACCAUCUGCAUGAUGUCCAUGAAUAUGUUUACUGGUAAUGAUAAGAUCUGUGGUUGGAAUUAUGAAUGUCCAAAGUUUGAAGAGGUUAGUGAAGUUAAUUUGAUAUUGACUAAAUUAGUAAAUUACAUUUUCAAUUUCUAUCUGAUCAUUUUGUUCUUUUCCAGCGAAGCUUUGCCCUUUUUCCUACUUUUGAUUGACCUUUCCAGAGCAAGCGCAUUAGCAAAAUUUGCGCUCAGUUCCAACUCACAGGAUGAAGUAAGGGAAAAUAUUGCUCGUGGAAUGGCAAUUUUAGGUCCCACGUUUACCCUUGAUGCUCUUGUUGAAUGUCUUGUGAUUGGAGUUGGUACCAUGUCAGGGGUGCGCCAGCUUGAAAUUAUGUGCUGCUUUGGCUGCAUGUCAGUUCUUGCCAACUACUUCGUGUUCAUGACUUUCUUCCCAGCUUGUGUGUCCUUGGUAUUAGAGCUUUCUCGGGAAAGCCGUGAGGGUCGUCCAAUUUGGCAGCUCAGCCAUUUUGCCCGAGUUUUAGAAGAAGAAGAAAAUAAGCCAAAUCCUGUAACUCAGAGAGUCAAGAUGAUUAUGUCUCUAGGCUUGGUUCUUGUUCAUGCUCACAGUCGCUGGAUAGCUGAUCCCUCUCCUCAAAACAGUACAGCAGAUACUUCUAAGGUUUCUUUAGGACUGGAUGAAAAUGUGUCCAAGAGAAUUGAACCAAGUGUUUCCCUCUGGCAAUUUUAUCUCUCUAAAAUGAUCAGCAUGGAUAUUGAACAAGUUAUUACCCUAAGUUUAGCUCUCCUUCUGGCUGUCAAGUACAUCUUCUUUGAACAAGCAGAGACAGAAUCUACACUCUCCUUAAAAAACCCUAUCACAUCUCCUGUAGUGACACAAAAGAAAGUCCCAGACAAUUGUUGUAGACGUGAACCUAUGCUGGUCAGAAAUAACCAGAAAUGUGACUCAGUAGAGGAAGAGACAGGGAUAAACCGAGAAAGAAAAGUUGAGGUUAUAAAACCCUUAGUGGCUGAAACAGAUACCCCAAACAGAGCUACAUUUGUGGUUGGUAACUCCUCCUUACUCGAUACCUCAUCAGUACUGGUGACACAGGAACCUGAAAUUGAACUUCCCAGGGAACCUCGGCCUAACGAAGAAUGUCUACAGAUACUUGGGAAUGCAGAGAAAGGUGCAAAAUACCUUAGUGAUGCUGAGAUCAUCCAGUUAGUGAAUGCUAAGCAUAUCCCAGCCUACAAGUUGGAAACUCUGAUGGAAACUCAUGAGCGUGGUGUAUCUAUUCGCCGACAGUUACUUUCCAAAAAGCUUUCAGAACCUUCUUCUCUCCAGUACCUACCUUACAGAGAUUAUAAUUACUCCUUGGUGAUGGGAGCUUGUUGUGAGAAUGUUAUUGGAUAUAUGCCCAUUCCCGUUGGAGUGGCAGGACCUCUUUGCUUGGAUGGAAAAGAAUUUCAGGUUCCAAUGGCAACAACAGAAGGUUGUCUUGUGGCCAGCACCAAUAGAGGCUGCAGAGCAAUAGGUCUUGGUGGAGGUGCCAGUAGCCGAGUCCUUGCAGAUGGGAUGACUCGUGGCCCAGUUGUGCGUCUUCCACGUGCUUGUGACUCUGCAGAAGUGAAAGCCUGGCUUGAAACACCUGAAGGGUUCGCAGUAAUAAAGGAGGCAUUUGACAGCACCAGCAGAUUUGCACGUCUACAGAAACUUCAUACAAGUAUAGCUGGACGCAACCUUUAUAUCCGUUUCCAGUCCAGGUCAGGGGAUGCCAUGGGGAUGAACAUGAUUUCAAAGGGUACAGAGAAAGCACUUUCAAAACUUCAUGAGUAUUUCCCUGAAAUGCAGAUUCUAGCUGUUAGUGGUAACUAUUGUACUGACAAGAAACCUGCUGCUAUAAAUUGGAUAGAGGGAAGAGGAAAAUCUGUUGUUUCUGAAGCUGUCAUUCCAGCCAAGGUUGUCAGAGAAGUAUUAAAGACAACCACAGAGGCUAUGAUUGAGGUCAACAUUAACAAGAAUUUAGUGGGCUCUGCCAUGGCUGGGAGCAUAGGAGGCUACAACGCCCAUGCAGCAAACAUUGUCACUGCCAUCUACAUUGCCUGUGGGCAGGAUGCAGCACAGAAUGUUGGUAGUUCAAACUGUAUUACUUUAAUGGAAGCAAGUGGUCCCACAAAUGAAGAUUUAUAUAUCAGCUGCACCAUGCCAUCUAUAGAGAUAGGAACAGUGGGUGGUGGGACCAACCUUCUACCUCAGCAAGCGUGUUUGCAGAUGCUAGGUGUUCAAGGAGCAUGCCACGAUAAUCCUGGGGAAAAUGCCCGCCAGCUUGCCCGAAUUGUGUGUGGGACUGUAAUGGCUGGGGAAUUGUCACUUAUGGCAGCAUUGGCAGCAGGACAUCUUGUCAAAAGUCACAUGAUUCACAACAGGUCAAAAAUCAAUUUACAAGACCUCCAAGGAACUUGCACCAAGAAGACAGCUUGAAUAGCCUGACAGUUCUGAACUGAAACAUGGGCAUUGGGUUCUAAAGGACUAACGUAAAGUCUGUGAAUUAAAAAAGUUCAAUGCAGUGUCUUGUUGAGGAUGAGUAGAUGUGAUCAGUGAGACAACUACUUGGUUUUUGGCUGUUUCAGAGAAGUCAGGUUCUUUCCAUACAGACUCAUCAGAUCUGAACACAGUUUAGUGCUACAUGCUAUGCUCUUUGGAAAGAUUUCAACAAGAAUAUUGUACGUUAAAGCAUCAAAGAUGGUAAUCUACACCUCAUCUCUGAAGGCAAAUGCAAACUGGGAAGAAAGUUUUUAUGAAAGUCUUGAAGUUCAUGGCGAUCAGUGUGCGAUUGGCCUUCUCCCUCACCCCACCGGCUGAAAAUGAAUUUUUAAAUUAUACUGUAGCUGACAAAACUCCUGAUUUUAUAGUUAAUUUAUUAAGUCUGGGAUGUAGAACUUCCAGAAAUAAGAGCUAAGUUCAUAUUUGUAAAUUAAUACUUCAUUUGGUGCUGGUCUAUUUUGAUUUUGGGGGUAAUCAGCAUUAUUCUUCAGAAGGGGACCUGUUUUCUUCAAGGGAAGAAACACUUAUUCCCAAACUACAGAAUAAUGUGCUCAAUAGUGCUAAAUAGUUCUAUCAGGAAAACAAAUCACUGCAUUUAUCUCCGAAGGCUAUUUGUUCAGAGAGGCCUUUUGUUUAAAUAUAAAUGUGCGUCUAGAUUGGCUGUAACAUGUCUUUCAGCAUUAGGCUUUAAGAAACACAGGGUUUUGUAUUCUUUACUAAAGAUGUCAGAGCUCUUAAUGUUGCUUAGAUGAGGGUGACUGUCAAGUACAAGCAAGACUGGGACCUCAGAACUCGGUAGAAACCCAGUUUUGAAAGAAAAAGAGUUUCUUUAAGCCAACUUUAAUUGCUUAAAAGACAUUUUUAUUUAGUUGAAAAAUCUAGGGUUUUUUUUUUUUUUUGUAAACUGUAUCAAAUCUGUAUAUGUUGUAAUAAAGCUUCUUAUGCUAGUUUAUUGAAGGUAUUCAAGAAAUAAAAAUCAACUUGUGUACUGAUAAAAUGCUCUAGCUUGGGCCAGAGAAGAUAAUGUUCUUUAAUUUUGUCCAGGAAACCCUGGCUUGCUUGCCGAGCUUAAUGAAAGGGAAAGUCAGCUUGCAGAGCCAGUGAAGGAGCCACGUGAAUGGCCCUAGAACUGUGCCUAGUUCCUGUGGCCAGGAGGUUGGUGACUGAAACAUUCACACAGGGCUCUUUGACGGACCCAUGAACGCUCUUAGCUUCCUCAGGGGGUCAGCAGAGUUUUUGAGUCUUAAUCUUUUUUUAAUGUACAAGUUUUGUAUAAAUAAUAAAGAACUCCUUAUUUUGUAUUACCUCUAAUGCUUCAAGUGUUGGUCUUGGAAAGCUGAUGUCUCUUGUAGAAGAUGGACUCUGAACAACAUUCCCGUAAACCACGGCAGCAUGGAGAGCCUCUUAGUGAUUGUGUCUGCAGUAUUAUUGUGGAAGAUUUACCUUUUCUGUUGUACAUAAAGCUUAACUUGCUUUUGUUGUGACUUUUUAGCCAGUGCCUCUUUCUGAGCUUUUCAUGGAAGUGGCAGUGAAAAGUAUGUUGACUGUAAUUAAUACCAUCUUGCUAAAUUAAUGUUUUGUACAAUUGCUAAAUUGUAUACAUUUUGUUAUAGAAUACUUUUUUCUAGUUCCAGUAAAUGAUGAAAAGGAAGUUAA